AUGUCGCAGACACCUUACUGUGCAGGCACAGAGCUAGCCCAAUUAGGACAUAUCGCCAAACGCGCUCGCGCGCUGUUGGAAGCACGUCUCGAGCAGGCCAGUCUGUUGAAGCGCGUCGUUGAUGCCAUCAAGGAUCUGGUUCAGGACUGCAACUUCGACUGCAAUGACUCCGGUAUUGCGCUCCAGGCCAUGGAUAACUCACACGUUGCCCUGGUCUCCAUGCUGCUCCGCGCAGAGGGUUUCUCGCCUUACCGUUGCGACCGCAACAUCGCUCUCGGCAUUAACCUGGUCUCCCUGACCAAGGUUCUGCGUGCCGCCCAAAAUGAAGACAUUCUCACCCUGAAGGCCGAGGACUCGCCCGAUGCCGUCAACCUGAUGUUCGAGAGCGCCGAGACUGACCGUCUCAGCGAGUACGACCUCAAGCUCAUGGAUAUUGACCAGGAGCACCUGGCCAUCCCCGAGACUGAAUACGCCGCUACCGUCGAGAUGCCCGCGAUGGAGUUCCAGCGUAUCUGUAGAGAUUUGAACGCUCUGUCCGAGUCUGUCGUCAUCGAGGCCAGCAAGGAGGGUGUCAAGUUCUCCUGCUCCGGUGACAUUGGUAACGGCUCCGUUACUAUCCGCCAGCAUACCAACGUCGACAAGCCCGACCAGAACGUCUCUAUCUCUCUCUCCGAACCCGUCGCCCUGACCUUCUCUCUCAAGUACCUCGUCAACUUCUGCAAAGCCUCCAACCUGUCCAGCUCUGUAAAGCUGCACCUGUCCCAGGAGGUGCCUCUGCUUGUUGAGUACGGUCUUGGAAGCGGUCACUUGCGGUUCUACCUCGCCCCCAAGAUCGGUGACGAGGAGUAG